GCUAACGGGACGAGCGCUAUAGUCGGUUUCUGCUGCUGCUGCCUUCAGCAGAAAGCGAUGGGGGAGAAGGAGGAGGUUCCGAGAGUUCUGUGUAGGGUUGUUGUUAGAGGCCGCAGACCUUCAAGCUGUAAGAGCAGGACCCACCCUCAAGAGCAGCUAUAAUGAAUCUACCUGAUGCAGCAAAGUAUUACUUUCCUUGGGAGGUAAACUUGGCUUCAGUCCCUGAAGGCCAGGCACUCAGGACAUUUGGCAGAUUAUACUCUUAUGAUUUGGUCAACUCUGAAGCCAUUUUAACAGCUCAGCACAAUUCAGUUCAGCAUCACAUCUCAGUCUGUACCAAGUUUGUAGAACCAUUCCAAGCGCAGCUUGGGUCUCUGUAUAUUGUCCUGGGGGAAACUGAACUUGGAAAUGGUGAAAAAAUUACCCUAAAGGCCAGAGUGUUUACAUGUGUGGAAGGGAUGAACCUACAAUUGUUGGAGAAGGCCAUAUUGGAACAGAGAGAAUAUUUCCAGGAGAGAGAGAAGCAGCUGGAGGGAAACAAUUCCUAGUUUAAUGUUUUAGGAAGGAUUUACUAAUGACACAGUCCUUGUUAUAUUGAGCAUAGCCAGCUCAUCCCUUGUCUUCACCCCUGUGUCUGUCAUAUACUUUACCAUCGUGCAAUGCUGUCUUGAAUGUAAUGACCAUUUUAAAGUACACCAUGUUUAUAUUGCUCAGAGAAUGCAUAUUUGCUUUCUGUAUUUUGGGGAUUUUACAUUGUAUUUUAUAAUGUUUGUAAGUUGUAUCCUUGUUUAGAAUGUAUUUUGUGUUACUUAAAUGCCUAAUACCUAUUGCAGAUCUCUGUAUUACGAGUUGACAUAUUAUGGUAUCACAGAAUCAUGGAAUAAACUCAUACUUUUUUGGAAA